CCCACACCUGCAGUUUAUUCGUGUUCCCUUCUUCUAACCAAACGAGCUCCUUCAAAGCAUUCUCAUCGGACAUGACUGAAGAAGAUCUUCAUCCUGAGAAACACAAUCCCCUCCACUUUAAACAGGAGUCGGAGAUGAUGUACAUCAAACAGGAAGCAGAGCCAGUCACCCCCCACAUUAAAGAAGAAAAACAGGAAGAGAAAAUCACCAAGUUUAGACUCACUGUCAGUGUGAAGAGCGAAGAAAAUGAAGGUCCAAGCAAAGAGAGUGGAGCAGUGACACCUUCCAGCGACAGCUCAUUGCAGCACCUGACAACAAUAGAAGAGGGACGAUCGCAACCGGACGGCCUCAUAGCUCCUCUUUCGGACAGCGACGAUGUAACGUCACACUCUUCUGACUUUAACACGGAUGAGGAGGAUUUUGACUUUGACCAAAAUGCUUUGAAAUCAUUAAACAGGUCAUCAUUGAGAAGAGACGCAAUUGAAUGUGCGGGUGGGAAACCGUUUCCCUGCACACUUUGCGACAAAGGAUUUUCUCGGAAGAUUCAUUUAGAAGUGCAUAAGUGUACGCACUCUGGAGAAAAGCCUUUUGUCUGCGCAUGUUGUGGUAAAAGAUUCACCGAGAAAGGAAAUUUAGACAGACAUGCAAAAACACACACUGGAGAAAAGCCUUUCGGCUGCUCACUUUGCGAUAAACGAUUUUCACAGAAAUUUCAUUUAGAAAAGCAUACGCGCACACACACUGGAGAAAAGCCUUUUGCCUGCAUAUCUUGUGGUAAAAGAUUCACCCACAAGGGAAAUUUGGACAAACACACAAACACACACACUGGAGAGAAGCCUUUUGUCUGCACACUUUGCGACAAAAGAUUUUCUCAGAAGUCUCAUUUAAUAACACAUAAGCGUAAACACACUGGAGAAAAGCCUUUUUCCUGCACAUGCUGUGGUAAAAGAUUCACUGAGAAGGGAACUUUAAACACACAUACAAGAACACACACUGGAGAGAAGCCUUUUCCCUGCACUCUUUGUCACAAAAGAUUUACCCGGAAGACUACUGUCGUAAGGCAUAUGCGAACACACACUGGAGAAAAGCCUUUUGUGUGCACAUGUGGUAAAAGAUUUACCGAGAAAAACGAUUUAAACAGACACGCAAGGACACACACUGGAGAGUCUCGGAAGACUCAUUUAGAGAAGUUGUAAGCGUACCCACACUGGAGAGAAGCCUUUCACCUGCUCGGUUUGUCGAAAAAGAUUCCAUCAAGCCCGAGUUACACUCCCGCAUUGAGGUGACGGCGCAGCGACUACGGCGUCAUUCGACAUUCGAUGGUUCUGCGGCGAGGGAACGCGUUGCUCUGUAAUUCACCACCAAGCCACUAGAGGGAUGUGGCGUUAUGUUUGUACGGUUUUGGGGCAUGCUUGUUGACUUCCGCUAGUCAGAGAAAAAAUAAACAAUGCAAGAUAGAACUCUUGAAAGUAAAUAUUCUGCUCAUCAACGCUGAAUAAAUAUUGAAAAUACAAAUGUUGAGGGGCAGGCGACGCAGAAGACGGUUUCGAGGCGAUCUGGUCGACUUUUGAUGCCGCACAGAGUUUUAGACUCGGGUGGAGAGAGCUAGCUGUGGCGGCUAGCUUCAAACUGGCGUCGAGCACUGCGUUCAAGGUCUGCAAAGCCCUCCAGCCCGAUUUGUUUGCCGUGUCCUACAACCAGCCAGUGGGAAGCCAUAGCAGAUUUCUGGCGUCUAUGGAACUUCCCAAACUGCGUUGGGAGCCUUGAUUUUAACGUUAUCAUAAAUAGCACCGAGGCACUCUCAAUCAGUGAUGAUGUAUCGUGUGUGAACUGUCUGUUAUUGAAAAUUAAAGAUCAAAACAACUCUUUUGACACCAAACCUGUGCUUUAUUCUUCAUAUACUUGAAGUGUGA